CCUCGCUGGUGUCUAGGCAUGGGCGUCGCCUAUGAGACGGCCAAGAGUGGCGUCGGUGUUGCCUCCAUGGGCGUCAUGCGCCUCAAGCUUGUCAUGAAGUCCAUCAUCCUCGUUGUCAUGGCCAGAGUCCUUGGCAUCUAUGAUCUCAUCAUCGCCGCCAUCAUCUCUGCCGGGAUCAACCCCAAGGCCAAGCCCUACUUCUUAGACGGCUACACACACCUCUCCUUCGAACUCGCAUGCAGCCUUGCUGGCCUCGCUGCCGGCACGGCCAUCAGCAUCGUCAGAGACACCAGAGUUAGGUAUUGUACUACUCUGAUUGCAGUGUGUAUGCUUGAACAUAUAUGAAUAAGCAAAGCUGCAACAUUUUUUCAUCAGAAAAUAAGCAAGCCAAACUGAUCUAGAAUACACUGUUUUUGAUAAAUUAAGCAGCAACAAAGAAGUCUAUGUGCCCCUUCUUCAAUAGCAAGGUAUUGUUGUGCAUUGGGUUAGAUGAUAUGUUUAUGUGAUCGUUACAGUGUUGGGUCUUGAGGUUAUGGCUAAAUAGUCAAUCAUCAAAAUGGCAGUUACCUCACAACUUUGUAAGAAAAACAGGUUAUGUGAUCUUAGGUAACUUCUGAAAUUUUGUUGCUUAGUGUAGCAGAUUACCAGGGUUACCUUACCUUUUUGCCCUUUUAAACUGAUACUAAUAAUGUAUCAUUCAAUGCAGGUAAUUUCAAGCUUUUGGAGGAUCAUGCUUUUCUUCUAGAUUUUAUCUUCAGUUGUCCUUGUAAGGGUUGUGUCAAUGGUAGUGGUGAAUUAUCUAGAAGCAACAAAGCAGCAGUCAACAUAUUUAAAUUGCCAGAUAUAGAGUUAGGCUUAGUUUUAGUUAAAAUAUUAGUGGUGAAUUAUCUAGGCAUACAUCCAGUCCACACCCUCAACCUACCGAGUUAGGCUCAGUUUUAGUUAAACAGCGUCUCGGUUGCUUGUGCCUACUGAUGGCUUUUCUUAAAAUUAUAUCAACGACAUCUUAGGUUUUGGAAGGUGGUGCAGUUGUCAUGACUCUUAGAGAUCAUAGUAUUCCUUCUAAUGGGGAUAUCAAUGAAAGUAAAGUUUCUUAUUUGUUAUUAUUAUAUUCUUGUUGGUGCAGCCUGAAAAUGAAAAGCCAAUUACUGAAAGCGGAGAUGAAAUCUCUUAUGAAAGAGCAAAGGCAAAAAGUCCAAUAUCUUUAUUAUCGGGACUACGAAGGAGAUCAAUUGACUGCAUCUAAACUAUGAGAUGUGUGCAAGAUUGGGUUUGUUGUAUUUGGAGUUCCUCAUAGAAAAAUCAUACAUAUGCUCUAGAGUUCCUCAUAGAUUUGGUGCUCGCGAUCUGCCAUGGAUUUGAUUUAAGAUUUGGGAGAUCUGUCGUGUUCGCGCUGCGAGAUUCGAUUUUUUAUGCAUGUUUUAUUCACGAGAUUGCAAGAACGGGACUGCUAGGCAAGAUGAGUAUACCUGAAAUUUAGGUCUAGAAAUUCACUGCUAUCAGUCUCAGGAAUAGGCUAGGUUGAACUUAUACAUGAGAUAUCCACAGGUCCAGGUGCAUUGUUUGAAUUUGAUUAGAAGUGUGUAAUGUUAGUUCUUAUAAAAAAGCAACUCAAAAAGGGCCAAAGUUUGGAUGUACCUUCUGGGUUAUUGACGCAGAUAUCUUUAUCACUAUA